AGGAAGUUGUUCGACGCCUUCAAGCCUGGGGGCGAAGGGCAGGUCAUCACCCGGAUCCUCGAGUCGUUCUCCGAGUCGUACUUCCUGCAGUGGCAGCGGAGUCCCGGGAGGCCAAAGGCCGCCUACAAGAACGCGGACAGUGUUCUGCAGGUCGCCGUCAGCCUCAUCAUGCUGAACACUGGCCUGCACGUGGCCACGAAGAAGAUCGGGAGGAAGGCGCCCGGGGUGGCCAUGAGCCUCGAGGAGUACGUGGGCAACGUGAGGCAGUGCGUGGGCGCCGAGGAGGUCCCCGAGGAGGCUCUGAAGUGUUGGUACGACGUGGUCAAGGAGAACGAGAUCGCGAUCGAGCCCAUGCCGCGCGUGGCCUUUGCGUCGCUGCCGGUCCAGCCGAACAUUGAGGGGUGGCUCAUAGCCGUCCUCGGAACCGGCGAGG